AUGACCCAGACCCUCAACAAAAGGGAGGACCCUCUUAACCUGGGCCGCGGCUGGGCAUCCUCGGCCCGGUUACGCAACUGGUCUUCAUGUCACCGAAGGCGCAGGGGCGCACCGAUUUACAAGCGGCGACACCGUUAUGGCCCCAAGGCCGAAUAUGAGCCCCCAAGGAAACAGCCGAAGCAACAGCGCGGCCCGGGCCCUUGGUUCCAACCACCCCGAGAGCCCUAUUGGGCCGUGUACUCCAACCAGGGGCAGUGGGGAGGACCCUGGCACCUGCCCCCAGCGGGAUUCUGGAAGGCCCCUGGUCGGGUGCAAAUGAUCCGGGUGUAUGGACUGCACCCGCUCUGCCUUUGCUGCUGCUCCUGUUGGUGCGGACCCCGGAAUCCCCGCUGGACGAGGCCUUCUGGCAGGAAGAGGAGAUGGGGCCGCAGAGGCCGCGGCCUACGCCGCCACCCUCGCCGCUCCUGCCAGAGGAGCCCGCCUGUGGAUCUGAGCAUGCUGCUGCGGCCAGUCAACCUGUAUGGGUGGCGGGCGCCCGGCAUGCGCGCGCCGCGUAACACCACCCAGUUCAUCAUGAACCAGAUCUAUGAGGACAUGCGGCAGCAGGAGAAACUGGAGCGCCAGCAGGAGGCGCUGCGGGCACAGCAGGUUCAGGCGGGCGGCCCAGCCUCCCCAGCGGCCUCCUUUGGAGACAACGCGCCACCCAGCGUCGGCGAGGAAGACGCGGAGCUGCAGGAAAUUUUGUACAGCUUUGUGCAGAAUCCUUCCCUGGUGUUCAGACCUGCCUCCGAGGAGGAAAACCAGUCGUCUACCUUGCAGCAGGUGGAGGAAGAGGAAGAAGAGAAAAACGAUGAUGAGGAGGAAGUGUGUGAGGGGAAGGAGAGCGAAGAGGAGGAUGAAGAGGUGGAGGGUGAGGAUGGAGAGGAUGAAGAGGAGGAUGGAGAGGAUGAAGAAGAGGAUGGUGAGGAUGGAGAGGAGGAGGUCGAGGAUGGAGAGGAAGAGGAGACCGAUGGUGAAGAGGUCGAAGAAGCUGACUCCGAGGAGGAGGAGGGGGAGGAAGAGGAAGAAGAGGAGAAGAUAGAGGAAGAGGAGGGGAUGGAGGAGGAUGACCAGAGAGAGGAAGAGAACCAUUUGCCUCUGGAAAUGCCUUUAUCAAUCCUAGUAGGGUCUGAAGAAGAAAGCGAGAACUUUAUAAACUGUAAUUAUUUCAGCCCAAAGCAGAUAAAUCCCAAAGUACCACAGGAAACUCUCCUCAUGGUACAGAACACUAACUGCUAG